UGCCAGAAAGAGAAGCAGUGUAGUUCAUUUCCUGCAGACUCUUUCACAGAGAGCCUCAUGGAGUUUGUGGAAGAACCAAGACCUUCAGGGCCCUGUAACCUCUUAGAAGUGCCAGGCCUCAGCUCCUCGGACUUGGACGAUGAUGAGGGUGACGUGGUCAUCGGUAUCAGGCCCAAAUCUUCUCCUCUUCCACGGAGAAAGAGCUCUGUCAGUGAUGAGGACUCAGAGCCCGAGCCACCCUUGAGUGGCUCAAGGAGAGUGUCAUUUGCAGAUGCCAUAGGCCUCAGUUUGGUGCAAGUGAAGGAGUUUGACAUGUGGGAUACACCCAAGCUGCCAAUGUAUGACUUUUCUGGGGGUGAAGAGGCAGAGGAAUACUUCCUGUCCCCUCUCACUUUCACCCUUCCAUUGUCUACUGAGGAGCUGUCCGUCAAAGUCCGGGACCAGAAGGUAGAGUUGGAGACAAUCGAGUUGCUUCCCGGGACCACAAUACUAAAAGGAGUGAUCCGUGUCCUCAACAUCUCCUUCAUGAAGGCUGUAUAUGUCCGAACCACUUUGGACACCUGGGCCAGCCACUUUGACCUACUGACAGAGUAUAUCCCUGGUUCCAGUGAUGGUCUGAUGGACUGUUUCUCAUUUAAGCUCACUUUAGUGCCUCCGUUCGGGGAACAGGGAGCCAGAGUUGACUUUUGCCUGCGGUAUGAGACCCCUGUGGGGACAUUCUGGGCUAACAAUAACAACAGGAACUAUGUGCUUGUCUGUCACCGGGGAAUAAAGAAGGACAAAGAGAACCCACAGAAGGAAAAUGUGAACAAGAAAAGUUGCCUCAAGGCUGCGAGGUGA